ACAGUGACUAUGGAUAAACUCUCCCGGAGCGCCCCUUGGCCAUGAAGACGUGUGUGCGCCGCCCCUGGCCGCCCACGCCACGGUCAUUCUCGCCCACUGCCACCACCACCGCCCUCCGGAUAUGGCUGCUGUGCGCUGUGCUGGUGGUGGGCGCGUGGGCGGACAACGCCGCCACGCACGGGCGGAGCGAGGACUGGGCCGGGGAGGCUGAGCCCACGGAGGCCUCCGACCCAUGCCCCAUGUGCGACAUCACCCAGCUCCCGGAGGACACGGUGUCGGCGCGGGACCCGCCCGUCAAGGUGGUGUGCCACGACCAGCUCCUCAUCACGUCCUUCCAGGAUAUCUGGCCGCACUGCCUCCCGCCCACCACGAAGCAGCUAGACCUGUCUGGGAGUGGCCUCACGCGCCUCCCCGCCGGCAUCCUCUCGUAUUUGCCCAACCUGGAAAAACUCGAACUGCGGAAGAACGACAUCAGCAUCAUCGAGCCGGGCGCCUUCGCCAACCUGACCAACCUGCGUAAACUGGACCUGAGCAACAACGCCCUGGCCAGCCUCAACUCGUCGCAGGUGGCGGGUCUCCACAAACUCGUGCGCUUAAAAUUGGCUCGGAACCCCCUGGCGAGGCUGCACGAGGGGCUGCUGGACGAGCUGGGAAGCCUCAAGAUCCUCGACCUGUCCCAGACGGAGCUCGUGUGCGACUGCGGGUUGCGCUGGCUGGCGGAGGCGUCGGCGACCAAGCGGGUACGGGUCACGGUGGCCACCAAGUGCUUCCGGCCGAGGGAUUUCAACGGCACGCAGUUCAAGAAGCUGCAGCCGGAGAACUUCCAGUGCCACGGUCCAGGUCUGUCUGUGGUGGAGCUGGAGCCCACGUUAGACCAGGUGGUGUUUGCGGGAGACUCACUCCGCCUCCGGUGCCGUGUCACAAGCGCAGAGGACAGCCACCGUGUGUGGUGGGCGCGCGGGGAUGCUCACUUCCGGGCCCGGAGACUGGGGAGCUCCGCUAACUACACUGACUAUCUGGAGCCUCACCACCAGCACCAGCAACGAGGCGGAGCGACAUUCAAAACCACCUAUUUACCGGAUGCUAUUGAAAGCAUGGUUGAAAUACACGAGCUAAAUAACACACACAGUGGAGAGUGGUCUUGCCUGGUACAGGGCGAGAAGGGUAACCACACUCGUACUGUCAGUAUAUACGUCAUUGCUCAUGACACCAAAUACUGCCCUACCAACGUGACAAGCAAUAACCGUGGGUCAUAUGUAUGGCCUAGAACAGUUGCUGGGGUCACUGUAGAGUUGGAGUGUGCAGGGAUAUUGCCAACACACCAUAGGGAAUUCAAGUUCUCUAGCAGGUCCAUUGCAUCAUCACUUCCAGCUAUGCGAGUUGCUAAGCAUGCUUGCACCAAUGAGGGCUAUUGGCAGGGGUUGGAUACAUCUGACUGCCCAUUUGUGUCAGAGACAACAAAGAUACUGGAGCAGUUUGCAUCCACAAACAUCUCAGCAAGCAAGACCACACUUGUUGACAGCAUUAGGAGUCUGCGUAACUUUACUCGUGACAGGAAGAUCUUGAGGGAUGCCAUGGAUAUAGUGUUCUUAGCACAGACAGUGGAACAGUACACAAACCUUCAAGCUACACUCAGUGGAGCCAAGGAAACUGCCACAAAGUUAAUUGAUAUCAUCAGUUCUUCAAUGGCAGCAACAAAAGAGUUGCUUAACACGGCAGAAGUAUUAGAUGGGUCUUGCCGGAGAUUGCUGAACUGCUUAUGGAAUGUUGCCACAUCUACUCCUACACUUACCAGAGCAGCUACACCCCACCUGGAAAUGCAUCAGUUCAACAGGCAGCCAGAUAGCUUCUCUGGUCUUACCUGUAACUGGUAUAGGCGCAGUGUGCACUCUACAGAGAGGCUCUUCCGGUGCAAUACAAAUAAUUACUCUAAGCUUUUUAAUAGUGAAGAUGAAAUUCUGGAUGCCCAGAUCCAAGUACCAUCCAGCCUUUUCUCCAAAGAAAUGCUCAAGACAACCAAUGGAUCUGAGGAAGAAAAUCCUACUGCAGCAACAAACACAGUGCAGCUCCAGUUCUUUGUUUACGACACAGCAAAUCUGUUUCCUAGAGUAUUGGCUGGAGGUUCUGAUACCUGGGAGGUGACUUCGCCAGUUAUUGGUGCUAGGAUAGGCAACCAGGAGGAGGAAAUGCUACUAGAGGAUGGUGUUUACAUCACUCUGCGGUCAGCUAUUUAUAGUCAUAAUAUUAUGCCAGUUUGGUGGAAAGAAAAUGUUGCUGGUAAGCAUGGCAAUUGGACCAGUGAGGGUUGCAAGAUUGUACGCAUGCACAACUCUCUUAUUGUUUUCCACUGUGAUAGAUUAGCGCAUUUUGGACUCUUACAGGACAUGGCAGCUUUACACAGAAAUCAGGCUGGUGUCAGAGGAGCUGAGUUCAGGCUGAGUGCUCCUGGUGUGUAUGUUGGCAGCGCUAUUUGCAUUUUAUUCUUGAUGGCAUCUAUUGUUACUUGGGCAGCUCAUCAUCAUCGGAUUGCAACCAUGAACAAAAACAAGCAUUCAUUAAUGAACACCUGGAUUGCCCUCCUGUUAUUGGUGACUAUGUUUACUGUUGGAGUUUACCAAACUGAAAAUCAGCAGUUGUGUCAAGGCAUUGGUGUUGCACUCCAUUACCUAACAACAUGCGUCUUAUUGUGGAUCAUUGUGACCGUCACAAACUUAUAUAAAAAGGUUACUAAAGCUUUACGGCCACCUGUGCCGAUAGAGGAACCACCUCCAGACAUACCACUCCCACCAAAGCCGAUGUUACGUUUUUAUCUUGUGGGAUGGGGGAUUGCGCUCAUACUCUGUGGCAUUUCAGCAGCUGUCAACCUUCAGCAGUAUGCAGGCUACAGUUACUGCUUUUUAGCUUGGGGCCCCAGUCUAGGGGCAUUUUAUGCUCCUACAGCUGCCCUUGCUUUCAUUCUUUCUACUUUCUUCCUUCUAACUCACUGCAUGUUGAGGUCUCUAAGAGCCAACUAUGCUGAAGGGACCGGGGCAACAGAAACAACAGAGCUGGAGCUCUUAGAUGCUAAUUCACCCAAUUCCGAGAACGUAAAUGGACCCGGUGAAGAGGAAAUGAGUAUUGCUUCACGUGAUACGACUGUUAGUGUAUCAGAUGGGCAGCAUAGUCCACUAACUCAGUUGAGGGCUCAUGUAGUUACACUUCUGCUUUUUAUUCUUACAUGGGCUGCUGCAGCAAUUACAACAGCAGCUCCUUUUGCAUCAGUUAUCCCUCAUCACACAACCAUUUUCAGCAUCAUAUAUGCUAUAUGUGCUAGCAGUCUGGGUAUAUUUAUUUUCGUCUUCUUUUGCUUUAGCCGGAACGAUGUCUGGGAGGCAUGGCGUGAGUGCAACUGUGCAUUCAGUCCUCAGAGAAAAGAAGAAGAAGAAGCACAUUUGACAACUCCUGCCAACAAUACUGGUGCUAACCAUGUGAUGCCAUCCAACAAUCAGCCGCGAGGGCCGGUGGGGGCCCCCAGCACUCACAGCCUCGAGUCCUCACACACUCACCAAACAAACAAAUCCUCCUCCGUGUCACACAGUAUUCUGACAUCUAAUAAGCCAGAGAGCCUAAGCAAAGCAACAAAUAAUUUACAGUUGCUGAGCUUCGGUACUAUGACCAAUGAUCUCCACUAUGCACCAGAAAUUUUCUAUAAUCCUAAGCAAGUGGGUGUUGCAAAAAGGUUCUUCCAGAAGCAGCGGUUAAAGCAGAUGGUGAAGCAGAACAAUUUGGAAAUAAAUAGAACAGACAGUGAUUGCAAUUCUACUGUCUAUAAACCUAAAAUGUCCAGAGCUGUUAAUUCUGAGUCUAGCAACUCAAAUUUUGACCCAUCUUGUCUCGGCGCUUCAAGUAAGGUGAACAACACUAAUAUACAUGUAGAUUCUAUGUAUGGUUACAUACCAACUGAAUUCCAAAAGGGGGGAGGAAAGCAUGCCAAUAAAGAUCCAACCCCAGAGGUCUUGUGUGUUUUAGGUCCAAGUACGGAUAGCAAAAUUACUGACCUUUACCCUGCAAUGGCACACGAGAGACCUAUUGACAUAGAUAGAGGAUGGUCGACCAUACCACGCAAGCCUCGAGCAUUUAUGGAGGAACCUUUAAGCCCAAUGAGAAGGGGUGGAUCCUUCCCAAGUAUUGUGGAAGAGGGACAUUUAACAUCUCAAGCCACCAGCCAAAGCUCUGCCCUUGAGCAGCUGCAUUUUCUGCCUCAGGAGCAGUUAGAGCAGCAGCAGCUGUUCAGUUAUCCAAUCUUGGGUCAAGUGUCUCCAAUGACACAGCAGCUAGUUCAGUAUCACAAUCCAAGACAUCUUCAGCCACACUUAGAUGGAGAAGCACAUGCACAUAGAAACAGAAAUUCCUUCAAUUCAGAUUUGACAGAGAGAUCAGAUAUAACAGGAUUGUCCAGGGGCACUGAUCACUCCCGCAUCGGGCGACACCACAAGCAUCGCUCAGGAAGAGAUAGACCUCGAUGUAAGCCAAGGCGGAAACCACCAAGACCAAGGGGCAAUUGUGCACACGACGAGAAAGAUGACUGGACGGAAGAUAAUACCUCGCCUAUUAUUAUAAAUCACCUUCCCUCUGGAGAGCAUGGUCUGCAGUCUUCAGAAUCAGAAAAGGAUGGAGGUCCCCGCCAGUUUAUGUCAUACCCUCAACAUGUUCAUGCUAUUUCUCCACCUAGUACCCAGAGAGCAACUCUCCAAGCUGGCCUUGAUUCGCUCAACUCGGUUCUGCCAGCAGAACAGACGGGGGAAAUGCUGUGUAUUGACAUGACUUGGCCUCAUGUUAUGAACUCGGGACUGCCUGGGAGUAAACAUGGAAGAGUUAGACCAGACAAAGCCAAUGGCCAUAGCUAUUCUCCAAACCUAGAUGAAGUGGGAAUGUGUUGUGGCGUGAACCAUGGUGAGGAAGGAGAUUGUGUGGCUUGGGAUAGUGAAUGUGGUGAGGUCUACUGGUGUGAUGGAGGUGGAGAAGAGAGAGUAAGUGUUUGUGAAGUUAGUGGAUGUGAAAAUUCAAGUAUGUGUGAUGGAGCUUGUGGAACUCGAGGUGAUCUGUGUGGGAGUCAGAGUAGUGAUGGUGGAACUAGUGUGGGAGGUGCCAGUGUGGAUCCAGCUGUUGGCACUAGUCCUCGCGGAAGUGUUAAUAUAUCUGAUUCCCCAUAUGACUCACCGUUGCAUCGACUCCAUCAAAACACUCCAGACAGUGGUUCUUUGGAUUCAGGACUCCUCGGUUCACCAGGAAGGCCACCGUAUGAACAAGAGCUUGCCAACAGUGGGCCAAUUCAUAGCACACCCAAAGAUGGAAUGACCCUGUCCACAAACCAUCUUUCAGAAUAUGAUCAGUAUGUAUAUAAUGAUGGAAAUUCUGUACCAAAUGCUGCAGUUGUACAAGAUACCAAUUCAAAUGUUAGUGACUCCCAUAAGGAUCUGAAUGACUUUUACUAUCCAGAUACUAGUGAGUCAAGUUAUCCAGAGGCAAAUUAUUCUUGUUCUCAGGAAGUGAAUGAGUCUUGUAGUCCAGAAGUAAGUAAUUCUUGUGGUUCAGAAAUGAUUGAUUCUUGCACUCCUGAAGUGACUGGUUCUUGCAGUCCUGAGUUGAUUGAUUCUUGCACUCCAGAAGUAAAUACAGCUGAUUCAUCUGGGAAUUCUGUCUUCUACCUAACUACAAGUUCUGUUGAAACGGUUUUAAGAAAUGGUGAAAAAUGUGAUGAUGAUAGAGAGUUUAGUGACAAAGAAAAUAGUGAGAAUAGUGAUAAGAGAGAAAAUGGGAAUGAUAAUGAAAAUAAUGACAUUGAAAAAAAUGAGACUGACAAUGAUAGAAAUACUGAACAAAACUCAGAAUCAAAUCCCAAGAGAGAGACUUGUGUAUAGAAAUUGUUUGAGGUGAUGUACAGUAUUUAUAUUGUAAUAGUUCCUGUUUGUGGCAUUUCAUUUGUUUCUUGUCUUGGAAGAUACUUGUGCUAUUUAACUAUAUUGAGAUACUUGUAUUAAUGUAUAGGAGUAGAAAUGAAUUUGUACAGGAUCAAGAUAAUCAGUUAUAUAUUUCUAACUAACAUCAUAUGUAGUUUCUGGCUCAGUACUCAACAUAUCAGUCAACACAUGGAACAUUUUAAAAACACUUUAUCUUUAUAUGUGGGGUCAAACUUUUAACUGUGCAUUGUUUAAAUGUGUUAUUUUAUGACAGACUUUUAAUGAAAGUGACAACCAUCACUGAUCCUCCUGCCCUAUUACCUGUCAGUGUUUUGUUUAUGUCAGGUCCUGAUCUUGGAUAAUGUCACCAUUCCAGGGCAUUGUCUCAUUGGCAGCCAGUUGAAAUUCUGCUGCCAAGCAAAUAACAGUACUUAUAAUAAGUACUUGUCAGCCAAAAAGUAUAGAGUAGUUUUGUAUAAUGUAAUUUAUGACUUUGUUUUCAUGGCUUUAGGCAGUGUGCAAAUGUUUGUGUGAUGAAAACUUUUAAAUAUUUGGCUUGGAUAUUGUCCAGAAGUAGGUAAGUGUCUUUUUUUUUUUUUU